AGCAUGCCGAUGGAGGAGGCUAGGCCUGUUGAAUGCCCUCUAGACCGAGAGGAACUGGGAAGGAGCUCAUGGUCUUUUCUUCACACUAUGGCUGCAUAUUAUCCAGACACACCGACCACAGAACAACAGGGGGAGAUGACACAGUUCAUCAACCUCUUCUCAAAGGUUUUCCCAUGUGAUGAGUGUGCAGAGGACCUGAGAUCAAGACUGAAAACGAAUCAACCAGACGCUAGCAGUCGGCACAACCUCUCACAGUGGCUGUGUCGCCUCCAUAAUGACAUCAACAUCCGAUUAGGCAAGCCAGAGUAUGACUGCAGCAAGGUGGAUGAGCGAUGGCGAGAUGGCUGGAAAGAUGGAUCUUGUGACUGAAAACCUCCAACACAAUCAUGAACAUGAGCAAAAUGCAGCCGCACACUGAUUCUGUGGACCUGUCCUUUUUGUUGCAAGUGCCACUCAGGAGUCAUGCACAAACAUGAUAGAUGUUGACUUUGCACUAAUUGAUAGAGUGAUUUAUUCAUAUACAGUUGUCUGUAUUGUGCUUUUAAUCAAGAGUUUUGCUGUCUACAAGAGUAUGGUGUUAUGGCCCAUAUUGUUUUGUAUUAUUGAGCUCUCCAUGCAUAUGAUUAGCCCAGAGGAAACAGGAUGAGCUCUGUAAAAAUCUGUGCAACAGCUGGAAACAAAAAUGCUUUGUUUAGAGCAGUGAUUCUCAGCUUUUUGAGCUCCAAAGCCCCUCAUUGUAAGACAAGAACUGAAUAUUCCCCAAGAUAUUUCUGAUAGUUCUGCUAUAAAGACAAAGCUGCUUGUUUAAAAAAAAUAAUAAUUUAUUUACAGAAACAUGGAAUGGCAAUUAAAUGAAUAGCUCACCCAAAAAUGAAAAUUUGCUGAAAAUGUACUCACCCUCAGGCCAUCAAGGAUGUAC